UUUCUUCUUUAUUUUCUUGCUCCCUUUCCUUUACACUUGCAGUUUUUGAGGUUACAUUUUCUCAAAACUAAAUCAUUUAUAGUAACAGUAGAGUAGGUUUGGAAAUGAAGUUCGGUAAAAGAUUGAAGCAACAAAUUCAAGAAACGUUGCCAGAUUGGCGAGACAAGUUCUUGUCGUAUAAGGAUUUGAAGAAGCUUGUUCGAUUACUAUCUUCUGAUCCGCUGCUGUCAAGCGGAUCGAUCGAGUAUCGUAAAGCAGAGGCUGAGUUUGUUUAUUUGUUGAACAAUGAGAUCGAUAAGUUUAAUGCUUUUUUUAUGGAACAAGAAGAGGACUUCAUCAUAAGAAACAUGGAAUUACGGCAGAGGAUUCAGACUGUAAUUGGAACCUGGGGGCAGAAUGGAAGUCAGCCUUCGGAAGCAAACUAUAAGGGGGAGAUGAGCAAGAUUAGAAAAGAUAUUGUCAAUUUCCAUGGAGAAAUGGUGCUCCUAGAAAACUAUAGCAAUAUCAAUUACACAGGAUUGGCUAAGAUACUGAAGAAGUAUGAUAAGAGAACUGGCGGUUUAUUGAGGUUGCCAUUCAUUCAGAAAGUUCUGCAGCAACCAUUUUUCACUACUGAUCUCAUUUCAAAGCUUGUCAAGGAAUGUGAAAACACAAUAGAUGUUGUGUUUCCCGUGAAUGAGGAAGAAAGAGCAAGAAAAUUUGGAAGACAAGGAAUAAUAGUAGCGGGAGAUGGAAUUUUUAGGAACACAGUUGCAGCUUUAAUGACCAUGCAAGAAAUUAGAAGAGGCAGCUCUACUUACAGUCGCCUCUCUCUGCCUCCUCUCAACUUGCCGGACUCGGAUCUCAUUCAAUCAUUCCAACUCAAUUCUCCUAUACCCAUUGUCUAAAAACAAUCAGAAAUUUCUGAAUGCAUAUCCAAUUAGCCACAGUUAUAUAACAUCUGGCAGCUUGCUUGUGUUUUAUUUGAGAUACAUUUGUUGCAAAUGAAGAGUAGGUCUCCAAUCAAUAUAUUCAAUGAAACUUUCUUGUUA